ACGGAUCUAGGAGCGGGAAGACUUGGACUGCAAACAAAAUGGCGGACUGAACACCGUGGCUUCCUGAAGUGGUUUCAGAGUUUACGAUCUAACUGUGAUGUAGAUGAUCAAAUAAGGACUUUUAACUCAAGCCCACAUAACGGAAGUGGAGUUUGGAUUGAUGGAAUGUUAGCUGACGCGGAGAUUGAAGACGUGCUAGAAGAUGGACGACUACUGCUCUGCUAAGAUGGCGACGUCAUGUCAAAGAGAACAUGAAAGAGAAUCUUCCAGCAAACCUGAAGAAGAACUUCCUCCUCCGCUGCAUGGGGAGACCUCCGCUUUGAAGCAGGAGGCUUCACAGCCCCCCCACAUUAAAGAGGAAGAGGAGGAACUCCGCAUCACUCAGGAGGGAGAGUGUCUUCUAGAACCACAGGAGGAAGCUGAUCUCAGCAAGUUGCCGCUGACUGGUGUCUCUGUGAAGACUGAAGAUGAUGAAGAGAAACCACGAGCAGAGCACCUCUUAGCUCCACAGUCAGAAAGUGAGCAUGAGGACGAGGUUGAAGUAACUUUGAGCAGCGACACAGACUGUGAAGGUGUUUGGAACAACAAACACUCUGAAUGUUCCCCAAAGAAGAGAGACGUCCGGCAGCUGACUGGUUUUUCAGAAAGACUUCCCUCACAGCCAGAACGUCCACGGCCCCACCCCAUUAAGGAGGAAGAGGAGGAACUCUGGAUAACGGAGGAAGCUGAUCUCACCAAGUUGCCACUGACGGUUGUCUCUGUGAAGACUGAAGAACAUGAGGAUAAACCACAACAAGACAACCUCUUAGCUCCACUAUCAGAUAGCGAGGCUGAGGACGAGAUUGAAGAACAUUUGAGCAGCGAUACAGACUGUGAAGGUGAUAUGAGGACUCACACUGACAACAAACACUCUGGACGAUCUAAAAAGAAGGGAGGUAAAAAAUGUUUGCGCUGCUCAGUUUGUGCCAAAAGCUUUAAGAAAAAGAGCAAUUUGACUGAACACAUGAGAAUUCACACGGGGGAAAAAACGUUUAAUUGUUCCAAUUGCCCUAAAAGCUUUUCCGUCAAGAAACAUUUGAUUCAACAUAUGCGAAUGCACACAGGAGAAAAACCUUUUAAUUGUUCAGUUUGUGGUAAAGGCUUCACGCAAACGGGCAGUUUGGCGCAACACGUGAGAAUUCACACAGGAGAAAAACCGUUUAAUUGUUCAGAUUGCCCUAAAAGCUUUUCCCUCAAGACACAUUUGAUUCAACAUAUGCGAACACACACCGGAGAAAAACCUUUUAAUUGUUCAGUUUGUGGUAAAGGCUUCACUCAAACGGGCAGUUUGACUCAACAUAUGACAACACACACGGGAGAAAAACGAUUCACUUGUUCAGUUUGUGGUAAAAGAUUUUCUCAAAAGAGCGAUUUGACUGGACACAUGAGGACGCACACAGGAGAGAAACCGUUUAAUUGUUCAGUUUGUGGUCAAGAUUUUUCUCAUAAAUCCCAUCUGACAUCACAUAUGAGAAGACACACAGGAGAGAAACCAUUUAAUUGUGUAGUCUGUGGUAAAAAUAUUGCUCAUAAGAGUCAGUUGACAGCGCACAUGAGAAUGCACACAGGCGAGAGACCCUAUAAUUGUUCAAUUUGCAGCCGACAGUUUACGCUAAAGACCCAUUUGACAGCACAUAUGAGAACGCACACAGGAGAAAAACCAUUUAAUUGCGAAAUUUGUGGUCAAAACUAUUCUCAGCAGUCACACUUGACAGCACACAUUAGAACCCAUACAGGGGAGAAACCUUUUAGUUGUUCAGUCUGUGGUAAAUGCUUUUCUCAGAAGGGCACUCUGACCGAACACACAAAAAUUCACAUGGAAGAAAGACCAUUCAGUUGUUCAGUAUGUGGUAAAGGCUUUGCCUCAAAGAUCUGUUUAACCAAACACAUGGCAACUCACGCCGCAGAUCAAAACUUUAACUGUUCAGUUUGUGGUAAAAACUUUUCCCACAAGAAAAGCUUGACUCGACACAUGAGCUCACACACAGGAGGUAAAACAUUCAAUUGUUCGGUUUGUGACAAAAACUUUUCUUACAACAGCAGUUUAACACGGCACAUGAGAAUGCAUGCGGGAGAUACAACACUUAACAUGAUGGAUUAGAUCAGGGGUCUCAAACUCAGUUUUACUUAAGUUGAGUGAUAAAGUUUGUUGAUAUUAAAGGCCUACUGAAAGCCACUACUACCGAUAGUUUAUAUAUCAAUGAUGAAAUAUUAACAUUGCAACACAUGCCAAUACGGCCUUUUUAGUUUACUAAAUUGCAAAUUUAAAUUUCCCGUGAAGUGUCGUGUUGAAAACGUCGCGUUUGAUGUCACUGGUUGUAGCGGACAUUAUUUUCCAGGCAGAUUCAAGCUAUAAGUAGUCUGCUUUAAUCGCAUAAUUACACAGUAUUCUGGACAUCUGUGUUGCUGAAUCUUUUGCAUUUUGUUCAAUUAAUAAUGGAGACGUCAAAGUAGAAAGAUGGAGGUGGGAAGCUUUUAGCCUUUAGCCCAGGGGUCGGGAACCUUUUUGGCUGAGAGAGCCAUAAAAGCCAAAUAUUUUAAAAAGUAUUUCCAUGUGAGCCAUAUAAUAUUUUUUCAAAGACUGAAUACAACUAAAUGCAUGCAUUUUUAAGCAGGACCAAUACUUUUAGAGUAUAAUAAGUCUUUUUAAUCACACUGUUAUUCUGAAGCUAACCAACAAUAAAAUACAAUACUUCUUACCAUUAAUGCUACUUCUAGAAACCAGAUGGAUGGAUUAAAAUGCAUGAGAAUGUUUUA